CAAGUGGAUCAUUAUGAACAAGUCCAAUAUUAUAAUAGGAAACAGCACCUUCUUUGCUUGUUCUCCAAUUCAAAAAUCAACCUAGAAGAUCCGGGAGAUUCUGGAGGAAAUCUGUCGGAUCUUGCUUUCCAAACUGUCAGAUUUUCUUGAGGAUUUCCAUCUCUUUCUUACUACCUCAUGGGUUCCCAUUUAAAAGUCACACACCCUUUGUUAUUUUCUUACAUUUCCUUGUCUUCUUUCUUAUUCUUCUAUUUCUUCUGUCGGGCUUCUCCUUUUGGUAUAUCUCAAGAACAAUCAUGGGUAUGGUUGCAGAGGCACAGUUCCAUGUUCUGGCUGUUGAUGAUAGCAAUCUCGACAGAAAGUUGAUUGAGAGGCUCCUCAAAACCUCUUCUUAUCAUGUUACUGCUGUGGAUUCUGGUAGCAAGGCUUUAGAGUUUCUGGGUGUUCUUAAAGAUGAACAGAACCAAGCAAACCCACCCUCUGUUUUUCCAAAUGAUCAUCAUCAGGAUGUAGAUGUAAAUUUGAUCAUCACAGAUUACUGUAUGCCGGGAAUGACAGGCUAUGAUCUCCUUAGAAAGAUCAAGGAAUCUAAAUCUCUUAAAGAUAUACCAGUUGUGAUCAUGUCCUCUGAUAACAUCCCAUCAAGGAUUAACAGAUGCUUGGAAGAAGGAGCAGAAGAGUUCUUUCUGAAACCAGUUCAAUUAUCUGAUGUGAAUAAGCUUAGACCACAUUUGUUGAAGGGUAUGGCCAAGGAAUCACAUCCAAACAUUGACAAGAUAAAGGCCAUGGAAGAAACGCACUCACCUGACAGAACAAGAACAAACUAUAAUGGAUUGGAAGUGGCCUAAAGAGCAAUUUGAUGAUUUAUAAAGUAGUACUAGUAGGCAACUUGCAGAACAUACUCAAUCCUUAGUUUUCCUCUCUUUAUUGUUUUUCUAUUUUUUUUUUUAUUAUAUUGGUUAAGGGGCUCAACAGAAGUAUUGAUUGAUAAAGAGAGGUGAAAGAGCUACAUUUUUCAUAUUUAGGAUUUUGGGCUUAGGGGGGUUCAAUUGUAAAUUACUACUACAAAAAAAA